UUAAAUUGAAAAUUGGACAAUAUUUCCGCUUUCGUAGUGUCGAGCUUUAAUUUUAAUUCCUUGUCUUGUCAUGGGAACAGAUAUUGCUAAAUUUUAUUACACCGAUGUUAUCUUCCUCUGCUGCAAAGAAUUUUAUCUUUUGAAGAACCUGCUUAACUUAUAAUUAUGGACGCGGAGGGGGGCGGAGACAAAAUGAAAGUACAAGGUACUACAGCAGAUAACGACGGUAAUGUAAACAGAAGCAGCGGAGUAACAUGUGACAUAUCAAGUGAAAUGGAACAUGAAAACAACCACAAGCUAGAAGACAAUGCCAAUCAUAUCCUAGAAAAAACAAGUAGUGACGAAGUAAGCAGAAGGAUUAAACCUGGACUUCCUGAUUCCUCAGAUACCAGAUUAUUUGGAUGGUUGCAUAUCACUUCCAGCAAAGGCCUGUUAAAAUUUAAUCGACUGAGAUGGUUUGUUUACAGUGACACCAACAGCAGAUUAUACUUUUAUAGGAAUCCUCAUGAUUUUCUACCUCUUGGUGAAAUAGACAUUUCACAUGCCACUUUUUAUUUUGAUGCUAGUAAGACUGAUAAACCUGGAGGAUUUGAAAUCAGAUCAGAAAACAAAGAUUACUAUUUGGAGGCACCUGAUCGCCAUGUAAUGAUGUUUUGGCUGCAGGAACUUCAAAAGAGGAGGCGAACUCAUGCCACUCAGAGGAAUUCUCAACCUGUAUCCAAGACACCCAGACCUAAUUCGUUAGGAGGAUUAUCAGCAUCAGAAAAGCAACCUCAAUGUGAAACAGGAAAUUCAGAAAAAAAUGAAAUUCCAGAAAUCCCUUCCUCAGAUAAAUUCGGUGUCACACGAGUUUCCUUGGGUGAAUGGACAUCAUCAGUAGCAAAACCAUCAGUGCUGACAGCAUCAAAUCUCAAGUCAGACAUUCAAGAGGUCGUGACCAACAUCAAGAGGAAGCAAACAGAUCAAGCCAAAAAACCAGAUGCCUCAAACACAUCAUCACCUUCCCCUGCCUCAGAAGAUUGGACCUUCUUGGAUCAGCCCCUCAAACAGCGGACAUCUGGUGACCUUUCACCUCCACUGAGGAACCAGGGGAAAUUCAUAUCAGCAUUAAACAAACUGAAGGUUGUCCGACGAUCCAAAACAGUAGAUGAAUCUGUUAAUCAUGCAGGAGUAUGCUUUAAGUGUAAACAGCUUCAGAAUGAUGUGAAUAUCCUAAGAGUGGAACACCAGGGGACAGAGGAGGAGCUCCAAGCAAACAGAGAAAUUGUCCGUCUGCUUCAAAAGGAAGUGGACAAUCUCAGGAAGGAAAUCCAAACAAGAUUUGAUGGUGUAAACCAGUCUGAGGAAGGUCUCCAUCAGAUGCUGAAGGAGAGAGAUAAACACAUUGUAGAACUAGAGUAUUGUUUGACAACAACCAAUGAAGAAAAGGCCAUUGUUGCUCAGAAACAAAGAUUGACUGAAGAGGAGAUGAAGUCAAUACAAGAUCAGUUGACCAUGCUUCAGCACAUGCUCCAGGCUAAGGAUGAGGUUAUUGUCAAACUGACCAAUGAGAUGUUUGAGCUAGAAAAAAACAACAAUGACCCAAGCUCCUCAUCCUCCCCGUCCAGCCCCACCAUCAGGAAAUCAGUGGUUUUUGACACGGACACCAGAGAGCUAGAGAAACUCAGAGAUAUGUGCCAAGCUUAUGAACUACAGAAUAAAUUCUUAACCAAGGAAAUUCUGGAGCUGAAUGAACUGAGGCAGACUGAUGAUGAACAACACAAAUGUCUUAUGAUGGACAAUGCAAAGCUAGAGGCAAAAUUUUUACAGACCAAAAGCAAAUAUCUCUAUUUACUGCAAGAAAUGGAACAACCUGUGAUGGAUGGAGAGCGAAAUUCACAGACGAUCAUCUCCCAGUUGUUGUCAGACGCCCUCCAGACAAAUGAGGAUGUUGAUGACCAUGAAUGUAUUCUCACAUCCAGUGGUCAGGAAUAUGACAGAUAUGGCUUUGUGAAGAAAUACGAUUUUGAGAGUGGAGAAUUUGACCCUGUGACUUUGGAAGCUCAGAAACUAGAGAGAAAAUCUUCUGAAGUCAGUGAUAAAGUCAAGAGGCAGGGUGAGGAAUUGUCCCAUCAGGUGAAGUGGGAGAACUUUAUUAUGGCUCAGACAGGCAAACCCUUCCUCCGCACCCAGGAACUAAAACUCAUGAUCCGAUCAGGAGUCCCGCACGAGUACAAAGAGAUCAUAUGGAAGGGAUGUGCUAACUUCUAUGUUGGGGCUAUGAGGGACAAACUAGGACCUCAUUACUACAAACAACUGGUGGCUAAAUCACAGGGCCCUUCCCAUGACCCAGCUUCAAAACAAAUUGAACUAGAUUUGUUGAGAACCUUACCCAACAACAGAUUUUAUGAGAAUGUAGAAUCACCAGGAAUAAGCAAGCUGAGGAACGUCCUGUUGGCAUUCAGCUGGCACAACUCCUUAAUAGGCUACUGUCAGGGUAUGAACAGAUUGGCGGCCAUUAUUCUACUGUUUCUGAGUGAAGAGGAGGCAUUUUGGUGCUUGGUUGCCAUCAUCGAUGUAAUCAUGCCAACAGACUACUACAGCAAAACCAUGGUGGCAGCUCAAGCAGAUCAGCGAGUUUUAAAGGACCUUAUCCUGGAUAAGAUUCCGCGGGUAGCCAUGCACCUGGAGCAGCACUCAGUUGACCUUUCUCUUUUCACGUUCAAUUGGUUCCUGACCGUGUUUGUAGACAACAUUCCCACAGAAACAUUCCUCAGAAUCUGGGAUGCAUUCCUGUAUGAAGGCAGCAAGGUGCUGUUCAGAUUUGCUGUAGCAUUUUUUAAGUAUGUAGAGGAGGAUAUCAUGGUGAAGACAAACACACUGGAGCUAAACCAUUUCAUGAGGAUCAUGGGAGAAAAAAUCACAGAUGUGCAGAGGGUAGCUCAGAUUGCUUUCCAUACAGUGAAUCCAUUUCCAAUGAGAGGCAUUGCCAGUAAACGACAAUUUUACCUGCUGCAAGUCAAGGGUGAACUUGCUGAGCUGGAUAAAGUUCGACAAGAGUUGUAUUCUAAACAGUCAGUGAAAGACACUCGAGGAUACUCCAGUGAUGAUGAUUAAGACGCAUAGGAUAUCAAUAUAUAUAUGUACUGAAAACUAGACGCAUAGGAUAUCAAAAUAUAUAUGUACCGAAAACUAGACACAUAGGAUAUCAAAAUAGAUAUUAAAAUUUAUAUGUACCGAAAACUAGACGCAUAGAAUAUCAAUAUAUAUAUGUACCGAAAACUAGACGCAUAGGAUAUCAAAAUAGAUAUUAAAAUUUAUAUGUACCGAAAA